AUGGUUUCUCCAUCAACAUGGACAAGAGAAGUCCAGAUUUCACUUUUUUCCUAUGGCCAUGCCAACGGCCCAAUUGUGCAACAGCACAGGGAAACAAAACGUCAAAAAACCUUACAUUACAAUAUUCGACACUUACCAAAUCCACCGCGCCAUCUCCGAGUAAAAGUAACCGGCCUUUCGCGGCGACUGCAGAAAGAAUUCCUCCAAAAUAAUGAUGUUGAGGCAUUGUUGGUAAAAGUCCAAAUAGAUAUUCUCAACGCAGUGAAAGACGCAUCUGAUCAACUUCUAAGUUCCGAUAUGGGUAAUGAAGUUGAAGAAAAGCCAGAAACAGACCAAAGAUGCUUUGGCCUGAACGCCCAUAUUGACGAAGGGGCUGCCUUAGAAGCCCCAGAUAUCGAUGUAGCCGUGACAAUAUGCUGCGAGGAAGGCCAUCAUCGGAGUGUUGCGUUUGUUGAGGAGUUAUCCCGGAGACUCGCUAUAUUCAAAAAUGGAGAUGGCUGUUCUCACUAUUGGCAAUUGAUUGUGAACGUGGACCAUCGUGACAUUGCAGAUUUUGAAGACGGGGAUCAGUCGCAGAGCCAGCGUAGGCGCCCAAACAAAAGUCAAUCAAAGUCCAGACAAAAAGAACGCCAGCAAAGAGGACAAGGAUAUAAGAUGAAGUUUGAAAACGAUGAUGCUGAGGGCUAG